GAACCCCAUCCUCCCACCCCAACGCGCUCCCAUACAGGUCAUCGCGCGCCAUCGCCGUUCUUCGCGCACAACGACCAAUCCAGCGCCUCGAACGCAGCCUCGCAUUGCCAUCACCACUCGUGCAGCGCGCCCGGCUGCGCUGCCAAUUAGUCUCGCGUCGCCCCCUCCCUCCCUCGUCUUCGGGCCGCACACAACGGCAUCCACCCAUCAACCAUGGCUGCGCCGGCCUUCCUCCAACAGUCACAGCCGUUCCGCUCGCCGUCGGGCUCUCAGCAAUCCAUCUAUCCGACCAGUCUGAGCACCAGCAAUCAUUUCGAUCGAGAUGCGACCACCAAACCCGUCGGCACCCCGUUCUCGACAACACCGUCGCCAACCUCGCCGGUACUCAUCCGCCGCCUGCCAGCCGACACCACCGAAGAGAAGCUGCGAUUGAUGCUGCUCUUCUCGCAGGAGCUGGUCGACGUCGAGAUGCUGUCUCCAGACCUCUCGGAAGAUGCCGGACUACGAUCUGCCGUUGUCAAGUUCAAGACUCCCGCAGCCGCACAGCAGGCCAAGGACUCUCUGCAUGGCAAGUCCAUGUCGAAUGACGUGGAAAUGAUUGUCGAGAUCUUGAGCAGCAGUCCGGUGUCUGCGAGACGGUAUCCAGUCGAUAUGCCGCCGACCACAGUUCCCAGCGUUUCAUCUUCGUUGGCCUCGAAUGGCCCCUCCUCCAGGCAAUCACAUCGGUUCAACGGCGGGUUUCAAUCCCUCGAGAAGAUUUCGCCGCCAAUGAGCGGCAUCUAUGCCACAAGCGAGCUACCCAACCCAGAUUCCGGCACGCAUUAUCAAAGCCUCUUCUCCCCACAGUCACCUAUUGGCAAUCACCUUACCGAGCGCGCACGCAUUUCGGGAAAGUCUCUUAUAAGUCACGACGCCGCCGAGGAUGACGAAACACGAGAGCUGCUCAAGGAUCCUGUGGCGUAUGCCGAGAAUGGACCUACGCAACAACGCCGCGCCACGGCGCCUCACUUGCCAAUCGCCCGGCUCGCAAGCCUCUCAUUGAACACCGCGACAAACGGCGCCGCUUCUUUGCCAGCCUACGCCCAUCCAAACAUCGCCCCGUUGCCCAAUCAUGGCAAUACGAUGUCACCUACCGCUAUGCCCAACAACAGUCAUUCCAUCAAUUAUCAGCUUGGCGGCCAGCCCUUCCAGCAGCGACACAACUUCCCACCCGUCAAUCCCGCCGACCAGAAUCCCCCGUGCAAUACUUUGUAUGUCGGGAACCUACCCAUCGACACCUCGGAAGAGGAACUCAAAGCUGUUUUCUCCAAGCAACGUGGUUACAAGCGUCUUUGCUUCCGAACGAAACAGAACGGCCCCAUGUGCUUCGUGGAGUUUGAGGACGUCUCGUUCGCAACCAAAGCGCUACAUGAAUUGUACGGCCAUCCACUACAUAACAGCGUCAAGGGUGGCAUUCGGUUGAGCUUUUCCAAGAACCCGCUUGGUGUCAGAUCUGGUCAAUCUCCCAACCAGAACAGUGGUGGUCCAAUGUCGAGUCUCAAUGGCAUUUCUGGCAAUGCCGGAGGCUUCACCACUGCCAACGGACCCCCUCCGGGCCUGGCUGCACCGCCUGGGCUUAAUCGCAUGGCCACGUAUAGCAGCACUGGUUCCUUGUCUGGUAAUGGCGGCAGCCCUUAUCCCGCAAGCGCUUUCCCUGGCAGUAACAACAAUGUGUGGAACAACGCUCCGCCUUACAACGGGCCUCUGUCGGCCGGCGGCACUCCGGCAGCCAUGAACAAUGCAGGGUCUGCAUUUCCUCCUCCAUAUAUGAUGGGUCGGUAAUCACUUGGACCGCCCCUGAGCAGAUGUCGUCUUCCGAGAUCGUGAGUUGGGGACGCCUCUAGCAAGCGUUUGAUGCUCAGCCUCGAC